GAUUUCAAGAUGAACUUUCAAGAGAAGAUAGUGCAACAAGUCUUGUAGGCGAAGACACGUCUUCAAUGGAGAGUACAAGUUUCGAUGUGUACAAAAGUCAGUCGUCUCUGACAGAAGAAGACACUUCUAGUCAAUCACAAGGAUUCGUGGAAGACUCUAUCAUAGAUUCCAGUGCCAAUAAUGCUUCAUCAGUCAAUGGAGAUUUCGUAGAUGACUCCAGCAAAAAUGAAAGACCAAGAGUGCCGUAUUAUCUACAGAAUUUCACCACAGUUCUGUCCAGUGUGUUGGACAAUGAGGAUGACAGGAGCUUGUUUAAUGAGGAAGACAUGAAGUAUGUAGAGGCCUUCAGGGAAAUGGAUGAGGCUGCACAGAAGCUGUAUGUCCGGCUGUUCCAGAGAAAGUUCUCCUGGCAUCGACAGGAGAAACUGCAGUAUCCAGAGAUUGCUGAGGACCUCAAGCCAGUGUGCCAAGUGUUAGUGAGGGAAGGGUUCCUACAGAAUGAACGUGACUUGACAGAAGUGACGGAAGUAUUGCAGCACCUCUCAGCUCCUGACCUGAAGACUCUAGCCAAGUCCCUCCAUAUCCCCACCACCUCCCUCCCCAGAGCACAGUUGGUACAGUCCAUCCUCAACCAUGGAAAGGUACAAAGGACCAUAUUUGGAGAUGGAUCAGCCAUGAUACUCAAAAGGGCCAGGAAGCUACUUGGAGGCUGUGUAAGACUGACCAGAGAAGCACGGGCAGUCUUCACCAGAGUACUGCUCCUCUUUAACCUGUCCAGCACUACAGAGGAGGAGGAGAAGGGCAGUGGGGGUCAACAGCAGCUACAAACCAUCCUAAUGGUGAAGAUGGGGAAGGUGACAUACCCUAACUUCGCUAUCAACCGACCAACCAAGAUCUUCAACAACAGGGAGGACUUGCUAAGGUAUGAGCAAGCCAUGCAGUUUGAGAAUGACAUCACAGUUGCCAUGGAGACCAACAAGUUCCAGCUGGCCCACCAGCUGUACCUGUCUGCCGCUGAAGUUUUCUCCACAGUCAAGCAAGACCUAGAGAUAGCAAGGUACGAUGCUAGUCUUCCACCAUUCCUGCGCUGUUACACGGCGUCCUGGGUCUACACGGGCGUCCUGUCCCGGGGGGUGGAAGUGUACGAGAAGUUACGUCGGUACGGCGAGGCGGUGGACCUCCUGAACAAUCUACUGUCAGACAGCCUGUACUGCCCGGACUCCCACGGGAGGUGGUACGACCGCUUGGCUCUGAACCUGGAGAGCCACUUGAAGCAACCUGAACAAGCUUUACGGGCCAUUCUGAGAGGACUUGCUGACCCCCAGGUGAGGUCCGGCCACAGACUGGCCCUGAUGAUCAGGGCACAUCGUCUGUGUGACUCCAACAACAACCCCAGACUCAGGACCAGGAAGGCUGAGUUACCUCCACUGCCUCUCAGAGACCUACCCAAGGUGACCAUCACAGGGAGAGUGUACCCAGUAAACCAACCAGGCUACAAGAACGUGUUCAUCACUACAGACUCCUAUACAUGUAGCCUAGGAUACGAAACAAGAGGAGUGACCAUCACAGGAAGAGUGAACCCAGUAAACCAACCAGGCUACAAGAACGUGUUCAUCACUACAGACUCCUACACAGAGGACAGUCAGGACGUCACCAUCUGUUCUGUAGAGGAGCUCUCACUGGCCCACUACAGAGGACAGGGCUACGAGGAAGGUAUCCAUGGAGAAGGCAGUACCUACUGGACCCUGUGUCUGCUGCUGCUGUGGGAUGUUGUGUUCAUGGAGGGAGUGGCGGAUGUCUUCAGGAGUCCUUACCAGUCCUGUCCCCUUGACAGAUAUACUGAUGACUUCUACACCAGCCGGAGGACAGCUAUAGACAGCAGGCUGGAGGAGGUCAGACAGGCGGACAGUCAGACCCUGCAGGACUGGGUUAGUGACAGUUGGAGUACUCAUGAAGGCCAGGCUUGUGCUGGACUCAACUGGGACAGGUUCACUUCUGUGGAACAUGCACAGGGUCUGGUAGCAUGUAUGGGUGGCCAGUUCCUUGCAGGAGUGUUUGCCCGGUUACUGAGAGAUGCCCGGCACUGCAGGAGUGGGCUGCCAGACCUGACUGUGUGGAGCACUGUGUCCAGAAAGUUUAAGGUGGUGGAGGUAAAAGGGCCAGGCGACAGGCUGUCUCAGAAGCAAAUGCUGUGGUUAGAUUAUUUCCUGUCUCUGGGAGCCCAGGCAGAAGUGUGCCAUGUUGUGGCAACAGGCGCCAAGAAGCUGAAGAAAACAUCAAUCUGAUGAUAAAUAAACAAUCAAGUAUUACUAAACACCUCAGCUAUGGACUUCUGGAAAAGAGUGACGGUGAAAAUCUGAUUGAGAUAAAAUACGCAAUAAAAAGACUGGCAGGUUUCAAAUGUCUUGCAGCUGUGAAUACAAAGCAAUUAAUGCUCUGCCAAAUUAUACGUUAGGAUGGGAUUGUGCACAGUUUUCAUGACAUUGUUACCUUCCUCAUUAUUGGGAAGUGCUCAUGACACCAAAAUACGACCUUAUCAGAUUGUACGUAGGAGACAUAACCUAGUAUUACCUGGAUAACCGUAAUUUCUCAGUCAUUAUGAUUAUAAACAAUGUCAAA